AUGGGCACAAACUCCAGGGCCUCCAUUCCAAGCGACUGCAACGGUGCAACCAAGCUCCAGCGAUCACCAGGUUCACCACCAGCAGGCUCCAACGACCAUCACCACCAGGCUCCAACGACCAUCAGGCUCCAGCAACCACCACCAGGCGACUGCGACCAAGGCUCCAGCGACGGCGACCAAGCGACCGAGACCAAGGCUCCAGCGAGUCAGCGACCACCACCAAGCGACUGUGAUCACGAACCACUACAAUCACCGAUCAGAGACCGGCCACUGUAA